CUCAAUAGAUUCGAGCUGCUAAUCUCAGUGGAGACUGUACACUGAUGAAUGAAAUAGCCAGGUUUAAAUUUGGAUUAAAAGGACACCAUCAGACUUGUGUACGAGACAGAGCAAUUCGUUCCAUUCUCGCUGUUAGAAAAGUUAGCAAAGAAACAGCAGAAAAAGCUGUGGAUGAAGUUUUUGAUGCCUGCUUCAAUGAUCUGGAACCUUUUGGAAGAAUCCCGCACAGUAAAACAGAUGCAAAACGUGCUUAUAGAGACUUUCAGAACAGAGAUCGCUAUAAUGCUAAUUUGUAAAGGAAAAAACAGUGAAAAAAUGUUAGAUCUGAUGGUUCUGUAACAUCUGGAGUUACUGUCUAUGCACACAGGGCUGGUGGAAAGGGUAAUUCUUUCAAAUGUAUUUGUUAAUUUUGUAAACUUUUUCCAGGAGACAACUUCUAUGGAAGUAAAUGAAGUAAAUUAACAAGACUAAAAACCGUGUUUCCUCACGUGUUAUUCCAGCAAGAUAAUUUAAUACACCACGUGACUUGUCAAGUAAUGAUCUGCACAUUUCAAUGCACCUUUAAGUC